UAAUAGUAACAGUAACACAGAUUCACAACUUACAACUUGUAACAACGUCAACUUUACUGUUUGAAUGACAUGAUAACAGUAAAACAUUUUCAUAAAUAUUAGCUUAUUUGUUAAACGCAAACAUGGCAGAAUCACUCCAACAACAAUUGGUUGAUUCAACAUGCAAAGAAAAUGAUGAGAAUAUGGAAUGUGCAGUAUGUCUUCAACGCUGCAUCCAUCCAGCUCAGUUACCCUGCGGCCACAUAUUCUGCUUUUUAUGUGUGAAAGGAUUUGCCAAUCAGAAUAAAAAGUGUGCUAUGUGCAGACAAGAAAUACCAAAAGAUUUCAUUGAUCAGCCAAACCUCCUGGAAUUCUCUAUUCCUUUGGAAAACAGUGAAGGUGUUGAAAACGAUUUCCAAUGGUUUUAUGAGGGCAGAAAUGGUUGGUGGCAAUAUGAUGAACGAACUAGCAAAGAUCUAGAGGAAUCUUACAAAAAGAAUGAGAGCACCUGCGAACUUCUCAUCGCGGGUUUUUUGUACAUUGUGGAUUUAGAGAAUAUGCUACAAAUAAGAAGGAACGACCCCUCUAGAAGACGAAGAAUAAAGAGAGACCAUGGUUCGAUACCAAAGAAAGGUAUAGCUGGUCUGCCUACAAAUAAAUCUGCUCAUCAGCAGAUUAGUCAUCAAGAAUUUAGUAUUAGUCAGUCUACUAGUUCAGUGGAAAACCUUGACCCUAUCGACCUCGCAGAAUCUUCUGAUGAUCAACUAAGUGAGAGUUCAGAUGAAGAUGAACAGGAUUUAGACGAAACCCUACAAAGAUUUGAAAACCUGAACCUUGAAGAGGGUCAAUAGUAUCGUCACAAAAUUGAAAACACUUUAAGGUUGUGGCAACUAACAUAUAUCUUGAAUAUUGUCCCAUAUAAUUUAAUGAAUAUGUCUCUCAUUAGUAAUAUAUGCAAUACUUAUUUUUUUUA